CGAGCCCUCUUUGUUUGUUGACAAGCCGAGCGCGCCGUGUUGUUUUCUGUUUCUGUUUUGUUCGCGUAUGCACUUCGUACGCGUCGGUCGUGUUUUGCUUCAUUUAAAAGAAUCGUAUAUCGCUAGUUAGCUAAUUUUAGUGUAGUUAAUUUAGACUUUUCUCCUUUCCGCGCAAAAUAUUUGUGUGAAGUGUUCUUUGUGGCUACUACAGUUGUUGUUCGUGAAUAUUAUUUCAACAAUUGAAACCACGCUUUGUCUGGUCUGCACAAAGGUAAAUAUCAUCGUCAAAGAUGACCACUUCUUUGCUGGAUUGGACUCAAUUACUCAGAGGGUGGCGGGUGGUAGGAAGGAGCGCGCGGCGCGGUGCGAGAGCGCGCGCGGCAGGUGACCGACGGUCAGCGCGGCUCAUGUGGGCGGCGGGUGCGUGCUGCUCGCGCCAGGCAGGCGAGGGCAGCGCGACGCGCACCCCCGUCAAGACGUUCCAGGCGUACCUGCCGCCGGCGCACCGCACCUACAGCUGCAUACACUGUCGCGCGCACCUUGCGAGCCAUGACGAACUUAUAUCCAAGUCGUUCCAAGGCAGCCAGGGGCGCGCGUAUCUUUUCAAUUCAGUUGUGAACGUGGGUUGCGGUCCGGCAGAAGAGCGCGUUUUGCUGACCGGAUUGCACGCGGUUGCCGACAUAUACUGCGAAUGCUGCAAGACAAUGCUGGGUUGGAAAUAUGAGUACGCAUUCGAGUCGAGUCAAAAAUACAAAGAAGGCAAGUUCAUAAUCGAACUCGCUCACAUGGUGAAAGAGAACGGAUGGGACUGAGCGCUCGGCGCGGGCGUGCUCGGACUAUAGUGCUGUGACACGAACUCGUCAAUUACUGGUCAAUGUCGAUGUCGAUAAUCGGUGUCGCGAUGUGAACCGACAUGAGCUCGCCACGCCGGCGCGAACCCUCGUGAUGACGCCACAGGCGAGAAUGCUCGCCUACCGACUAUCGAUGUUUAAAUCGGAUUGAACCACACGAAUCGGCCGCCAACUAGAGAAAUUAUUUUUGUCAAACGUAAUAAUUAUUAUUGAAAUAUUGUCGGCGAUCGAUUCGUGGGGUUUCUUCGAUGUGUAUUGAAUUAUCGUUAGAUUCGCGGGAUAGACUGUUAGAUCGCGCGAUGGACCGCGGGAUUGUCUUCGGCUUCAGCGCUUGAGCAUCGCCAGUGGUUACAUAUACAUAAGUAAUCGAUCUCAGCCGCCCCGGCGUUGGGCAGUGGGCUUUCAAUUUAUACUAAUUUAGUUUGUAUUCAAACGAUUUGAGUGUCGCCUCACGGGCGGAUAUCUUAAGUUGUAUUAGUUUUAUAUUUACACAUAAUUGCUGUAUUGAGAGAACACUAAUACUUUCUCUUGUCCCCUUAACCUGUGAUAAGUAUGUUAGUGUAGAAUUUUGAAUUUCUUGACGGAUUUUCUCAAGAGUUGCUCAGAGAUAUCAGAUGUACGUUCCUAAUUAUUUCAGCUGUACAAGAUUGCUUUAUUAUUAUUUUUUUUUUUUUCGUUUUUCGAGAAAACUAGUCGAAACUGUAGAUAAAUACGGAGAUGUAUUCCGUUCUAUUUUGAUUUGCGAUGAUUUUAUGACUUAUAAUUUUUAAUUAAGAUAUUUUAGUUUGUUCCUUUGUUUUGUAUUCUUCGAUGACCUUUGAAAAUGAAGGUAAACAAAGGAGGUUUGAAUUUAAUUUGAUGUUUUCAUAAACGUGAUAGUAGCUGGAGAGAGGAAUCGAUGCAAUCGAGGACAUUUUUAUAUAGGAGAAAGGUUAGGAGCGAUGAGUUUUAUUAUUCAUUUAUUGUUUCCAUUAAAAUGUAAUAAUUAAAUAAUUAGUAGAGACAUUUAACCCCGUAUAUUUUAUCUUAAUACGCAUAUGUUACUUCAUUUAUAUAUAAUAAUGAUGUUAUCAAUGUAAAAAAAUGCAUGAGCUUCGAUUACCCGUGAUUUUCUAUCGAUAUCGAUAAAUCGACGUCGGUUUUUUACACAUCCCUAAGUAUUUUGCAAGAGCAACGAAACAAUUUUUUAAAUUGUUUGAUAUUAAUAAUUUGGAUUGAAAAGCUUAGACUAGUUAUAGCAUGGUCUACGAAAAAUAUAUGUUAAAAAAAGAAAACACAGAUUAUAUACCACACUGAUUUUAUACUCGUAUGUAUAAAGUACAAUGAAAAAAAUACACACACACACACACAAUUUUUGUUUUCGUUGAUUUCAACCAACGGUACGGCCAUAUUAUAACAAGUGUUUGAUUGUCAGUGUUGUUAUUGCGAGGUACAUGAAAGUUAAUCGAUUCGAAACGCUAAUGCGUUUAUCAUUAAUGAACUCGACGUCCGACUGAAAUAGAAAUAAUGGACACAUCAAUCCGUCUACGCUGAAAAACAACGUAAAAUAAUAAUAAAAAAAAAUCACAUUAAUUAAUUUUAAUCUUAUCAAUCUUAAUAUUUUGUGUUCGUGACUUUUACUUAGCCGUUUAUUUAAAUUAAAAUAUUUGCGUCAUUUCAGAUUAGUCAGUUCGACUGUCUUGUGUUGUGUGGCACCUGCCUUCAAUAUUGGAACACGUUGAAUUUGUGACAUUAAAUUUUAAUUAUCUGUAGUAACUAAUAAAAAAUAUUAUUUAAAUAAUUUUAAUUGUAAGAGCGUAGUCGGAAAAUGUGGAUUGAAACAUGACGUUAACAGAAUUGUCCAGUUCUAAUAAGCUUUGAAAAGGUUUUUAUCUGUUAUUUUACACAAUUAAGAAAUUAAAAAAAAAAUUGUGAUGUAAAAUACGAUUAAAACGAAAUGAAAUAUCAAAAGCAAUGAAUUUUUGCCAUCGCUAAUAUAUCAGAGCGUUGAAACUGCCACUAGAGUAUACAUUUGUAAUUAUACAUUAAUAAUAUAAUGUUAAAAUUCAAAGUAAGUAACGCUCGUUCGAUGAUAAUGUGUUUAUUUUAAAAAUAAGUAAAAUAGAUGGCUGAAUAGUAUUUUCCGAUUCAAUAGCGUGUGACGGUUGUCUAGUUUCUAUGCCAUAAAUUAAUAUUGUUGUAAAAACUACCAAAUCUUAAGAUCGAAACUUUUAUAAACCUUACAUUAAUAUUAUAAAAAACUACAAAGGCUCUUGUCUUAAAAUCUGGUACUUUUUAUCAUUACGUAUUAUAUACAAAUGUAACACCAAUCCUCGUAGAUCUAAGAAAUCGUUUCUGGCAAUAUUUCUGAUAAUAUAACUGGCCUAAAUGUGACACAAUGUUUAGUGAAGACAUAAAUCAAAGUUCAUUAAUGUAUAAAUAGGACUCAGUUUGGCUUUAAUGUUAAGUGUUAAUUAAUUCACCUAUGUGCAAAGAGUUCUGUGAUGUUCCCAUACCGUUUGAAGUUUCGAUGAUAUCAACCGUGCUUUUCAUUAUAGAACCACGAAAAGCACUCGUUGAAACGAAAUAACGAUAACGUUAUUGGUUAUUUAUAAUAGUAUUCGUUUAAACGGCAUUUUCGAUAUGCUUUUUAGACGCUACAAAACUAUUGGUGUUCAAUAUGGUAUAUGUAUUAUAUAUGUGAUAAUUAAGAUCGGAUACGUCUUUUUUAUAUGUAAUAAGGUUAAUCGAUAGACGCAUUGCAAUUUCACAUGUUCUAUGUAAUCGUAUAUCUGUUAACAUAAGGUAAACAUGUUAAGACUACACAUGCACAAUGUUCUAUGAAAAUCUAAGCUAAGGAGACACUGUCCAAGGCCCGUAUUAAAAAUAUAUAAAAAAUAAGAAUAAAAAAAAAAAACAAAAAAAAUACAUGUUACACAGAUGCUAUUGGUAUUAGUAAUUACUGAUUAGAAUAGAUUUUUUUUGAUAGUCCCGUUACUCGUUGUUCGAGGUGUCAAUGUUGACAAGUCAAACUUUGAAGUCUUAGGUCUCUGGUACAAUAUCGUGUUCACACUUCAUACAUGUCGUAGCCGUUUAAAAGUGUCACGUUAUUUUUUCAUUUUCAUGAACAUUUUGCAAUUAACUAAUUGAACUUAUCGAGAUUGUCACAGUAGUUUAUAAUUAACACUCUUAGACCUAAAGUAUCUUGAUCUUUGCCGUUUAACACGACAGAUAAAAAAUAUCACGGUGACGUUUAAAGUGAGAAAUUAAAAAAAAAGUUAGAUUUCUGUGAGGCAUAAAGUAUUUUUCUACUCGAUCGUUUAGGGAUGCUAUUAGAUAUUUUUGGACCAUUGUUAAGAUAGCGAUCAGUACUGGAGAGGUAAAAAAUAAAUGUUAGUUUUCGUGGAUGUUUGCCGAUUACGGUUGUUGUUGUCGAGAUAAGAAAUAGAAAAAGAAUAUACGCUUUCGAAACUGUAAAACAAAUAUGCACCUAUUAUAUACCUAUUUACGAUUUGGUAUUUCCUUAAAGUUUAAGGGAGUGGUUUUUUCUUUCAUAUCGCUCAUUUUUUGUCAUUUUUUCACCACCACAAUGUUCAAUCCAUCAGUCACUGUCAUUUUAUCUAAUCGAUGUCAUUCAUUCAUCAUUUCAUUUGAAUAUUUUUAUAAUAUAAAUUUUACAUAAAUCGAACAUAUCAUUCACUUUUAUAUUGAGCAACUUUCUUAAACUCUUAAAACGUAUCACAGAAAUACCAAAUCGUCCCGGUCUUGGAGUGUUAACUGAUGGCCAAGAUGCCGGUUAUAACUCGGUGCAUCUCAGUGUAAAUUUCGCAUAUAAAAAACUAAGGUAUCCCGGUAGUAUACCAAUACCGCUUAAUAUUUUUGUAUUUUCCUAGUAUGUAACAAAGCAUUAUAAAAUAACGUGGUGUCUUCUAAUGAUUGUGUAUGCAUUAUGCUAUAGAUGAGUAUUUCGUAAACAUUUGGUUGAAAUAAUAAGUGCGUAAUAAAACACUUUUUCGUAUUAAAAA